AAAGUUCCUGGCUAUUUGGACCACAGCAGACAACACCUUUCCUGGCUACCCUACUCUGAGCUCCAGACACCAUGAACCCUCCCUCUACAAAGGUUCCCUGGGCCGCCGCGACGCUGCUGCUGCUGCUGCUGUUGCUACCGCCCGCGCUGCUGUCGCCAGGAGCAGCCGCGCAGCCUCUGCCCGACUGCUGCCGCCAGAAGACGUGCUCCUGCCGCCUCUACGAGCUGCUGCACGGCGCGGGCAACCACGCGGCCGGCAUCCUCACGCUGGGCAAGCGGCGGUCAGGGCCCCCGGGCCUCCAGGGCCGGCUGCAGCGCCUCCUGCAGGCCAGCGGCAACCACGCAGCCGGCAUCCUGACCAUGGGCCGCCGCGCAGGCGCAGAGCCAGCGCCGCGCCCCUGCCCCGGGCUCAGGUGUCCCGCGGCUGCCGCUCCCUCUGCGGUGCCUGGGGGGCGGUCCGGAGUUUGAGCCCUUGCUCUGGCCAGGUUCUGGCCCGGCCUUCUCCUCGCAGCCCCCAGGGUGUCAGCCUUCAGAAAAAGGGAAAAUAAAGACGAGUCUCUGUGUAA